AUGUCGCUGUAAAACUUCUCCUACACACCUACACGCCUUCAUCAACUCUUUUCGCCCUCCCCGCCAACCACCUGCUUCAAUCGAGUACGCCGGUGCUGCGUUUGGACGAUUGAUUUGCUCAGCAAUUCAGUCUGUCCGCGGCGACAAGUCUGGCUCUUGACGAGACCAGCGGUAGUACUGUACUCGAUCCUUCGACGCCUCCACGGAAUCUUCGUUUCCGCUCUCAAACGUCAACUACAAAGGCCCACAAACUCACCUACGUAACGUAACGUCUUGUCAUCGGAUCAAUCAAAAGACAACAACGUGAAGCACUCGCUGUUUUCAAUUGGCCAACCUUUCAAUUCUCAAGCUUACGCUACGCCGUCUUGCCACGAGUUGACCGGCCCCAUCAUGUCUACACCGCCCAACAAUGGAGCUGCGGCCAAGUCCAGCAAUCCUCUGAAGCGGGUUGACCUCGACGGUCACGACCUCCCUCCAUCUCCCGCGCCGUCCAGUCCUCGUAAUGGCCGCCGCCGUUAUGCCCUCGCCACUGAGCUGGUCUACACUGACAGCAACGACCAGUAUGGCGCUUCGAGCAUUCCCAUCUAUCAGUCCGCAACCUUCAAACAGACUUCUGCGACUGGUGGCAACGAAUAUGACUACACUAGAUCCGGCAACCCAACCCGCACUCACCUCGAGCGUCACUUGGCCAAGAUCAUGAACGCUACCAGAGCCCUUGCCGUUGGUUCCGGUAUGGGUGCUCUGGAUGUCAUUACUCGCCUGUUGCGCCCGGGUGACGAGGUCAUCACUGGCGAUGACCUGUACGGAGGCACUAACCGGCUACUUGCGUACCUGUCUUCGAACCAGGGGAUCAUCGUUCACCAUGUCGACACCACCAACGUCGAGAAUGUUCGCCACGUUAUUUCUGACAAGACGGCCAUGGUUCUGCUCGAGACGCCGACAAACCCAUUGAUCAAGAUUGUCGACAUCCCCUCCAUUGCCAAACUUGUGCAUGACGCCAACGACAAAGCUUUGAUCAUUGUGGACAACACCAUGCUCUCGCCCAUGCUCUUGAACCCCCUGGAUAUUGGUGCCGACAUUGUGUAUGAGUCGGGAACGAAGUAUCUGUCUGGACACCACGACAUCAUGGCGGGCGUGAUUGGCGUCAACGACUCGGCCAUUGGAGAUAAGCUGUUCUUCACCAUCAACGCCACCGGAUGCGGUCUUUCGCCCAAUGACUCGUUUCUCCUUAUGAGGGGCAUCAAGACGCUGGCUAUCCGCAUGGAGAAGCAGCAGGCCAACGCCCAGCAGAUUGCCGAAUUCCUUGAGUCCCAUGGGUUCAAGGUUCGUUAUCCGGGACUCAAGUCCCACCCUCAAUACGACCUGCACUGGUCCAUGGCGCGUGGCGCCGGCGCCGUUCUGUCCUUUGAGACUGGCGAUGCUGCUCUUUCAGAGAGAAUUGUCGAAGCCGCUAAGCUGUACAGCAUUAGCGUGAGCUUCGGGUGUGUAAACAGCCUGAUCAGUAUGCCUUGCCAGAUGAGCCAUGCCAGCAUCGACGCCAAAACCCGGAAGGAGAGGCAGAUGCCGGAGGACCUCAUCCGCCUCUGUGUGGGCAUUGAGGAUGUUACGGACUUGAUCGAGGAUCUCUCCCGAGCUCUCGUUCAGGCCGGAGCGGUCAACGUUACAUUGGAAGGAUUUCAUGCUACCGCAUCUACCCAGUAAGCCUGAAAGAUGUGGCCAGACAUGGAAGCAUCACACCUGGUCUUGGCUGGAACUGGCUGGAUCUGUAGUUCAGAGUGGAAGAAACUCUAUGUUUGCAGCAUGAUGAGGCUCGACCGCGUAUCUUUGGGAAACGAUUUGGAGAACACCAAGAUCAAGUUGAUGAUGGAGGGUAGAGGGCAAGGCGUAUAUCACCCGGCUACUGACUCGAACGGAGUUGCUUCAGCACAAUUUAAUCGAUUCUGCCGCUUUCGCACCUUGUCCUCAAAGCGCUCUGUGGACGUACACGCAUGUCUCAAGAUUGCGCGAUACAAGGGUUGCACAUGCUAAAAUAUGGUGUUGUGUGUCAGGUGUUCUUCAGUCACUCUUAAUUUUAAACUUUCUUAAUC